AAUGAUCUACCCAAGUGAACAAGUACUAUCCAUUCCAGUCAACAUAAUAAGAAAUGCAUUUUAUCAUUUCUGUGCUUUGUCGGAUUUGGAAUAUAACUUCAAAUGCACCUUGUGUGGACCAAAUCCCAAAAUAAUUAUUGGUGAUGGCAACUGGAAAAAUACAUGCCAGAUUGCAAUGGAAAAUUUGCAAGUACCCGAAGAUGUCCAUGAAACACUAGAUGUUCAGAAUCAGUGGAUGUCUUAUUGUAAAGAAAUUAUUGGGCGUGGGUUUUAUGGAAUGAAAGAGAACCCAUGGGCAUGUACCCUCAACUACACAACUAAUUCACCUUGGAUGGGCACAGAUACCCGAAAUAGUAACCUUCUUGUGAACACAGAGCACCACAAGCUUGAUGUAUUAUCUACCAGUAAGGUUAAAUCCCUUAAACACAAUGCCAAUGUGUCACAAGAAGAGAUAUUAGAUGCAUUGAAUUCUUAAGAUCCUACUGCUUCCAGAAAACUAAAGAGUAUUUGUGAAAGUCUUGGGAUUGAUGGCAGUGGAAGUGUGGAAGACAAUCUUAACAAACUAAAUGAGCUCAUACUAUUUAAAGAAAUCUAUCCAAAAAUGUUUCGACAUUUAAAGAGAUGUGGGGGUGGGAUUGUUCACUUUCGUUGUGUGCAUGGAAUCGCUGUGUACAUGAAAUUCACCCUACGACAGGAAAGUGCGAGGGAUUAUGUAGAUGGCAUUCUGUCAUUUGCCCAGCAACCCAAUGUUGUUGUAACUGACAUAGCCUCUCAGGUUGCUCAUCACGGAGAGAACAGAAAAGUGGGUAUGUUUUCUCCAUUCAGAGGAAUGCUUUAUCAAUGGACCAAAGAAAACCUGCAAUUAGCGGAGGAUGGAAAGUUAGAGCCAGUUAAACUCAAGCUUGACAGUGAGAAUUCUGCACUCAACUUUUACAGUUUAUGUGACAAGUUUCACCACAAAACUAAAAAAAGAGGAGGGGAAAAAGCUUUCAGAGAUUUAAGAAUGUGUUCAGAUCUAAGGUUUAACAGCAGCAUAGCUGAGCAGGCUAAUUCGAUCAUGAAAAAAGACAGACCAUCAUUCUCAUCCAUGAAUCCCAUUAACUUUAUGUUCAUGUCACGUUUGAGUUUAGAACUGCAAAAUAGGGUCAUCAAUGAUAAAAACUUGAAAAGAACAAGGCGUGAUUUUGGAUUUGCCUCAGCAGCAUUGCAUAGUUCGGAAAAAAAGUUAACCCAAAAGAAUAUAGAUGAAAGGAAGGGAGAAGUACAAUUAACAAAGCAGGACAGCAAAUAUGAAGAUGAUAACAGUUUAUCAAGUAUAGUGAGAAAUAAAAAUGAUGUAGGCAGCCCAGACAAUCAAAGAAAUAGAUGUGGCGACACAGUACCUAACCAACCAAAAAGAAAGAAAUGUGAGGUGGAUGAAGUGCUAAAUACAGUGAGUCACAUAAUGAGUCCCAUACAUUGCAUAGAAGAUCCACAAAAUGCAGAAACAGAUAAGCUCUGGAAAACAAAACAGCACAACAUGGUAGUUGCAGCAAAUCCAGUAGAAAAGUUUUGUGUGCUAAGGCAUGAGUCAUUUUGCACAUUUGCUCCUAACAAUUGGUUGGAUACUUCGGCUGUUGAAUAUGUUUUGAGGCUAUUAGCCUCAACAUCGUGUCAUGAAUCUGUGCUAGUCUUGGACAGUUUCGUUACAAAUUGCAUCGUCGAUGGAAAAGAAAAAAUUUUAAGUCGGCAUUGCAUGAAUAAGAUCACCUUCUCAAAGUACAAUUUUAUAAUGGGUGCUUUUAACAAAAAUGAAAGUCACUGGAAUUUGUUCUGCCUGCAUCUGCAACGCAAGAAAAUAUUUUUAAUUGAUCCUUUUGGAAGUGAGCCUUCACAUACAUUAAUUGAACGAGUAAGAACAUAUUUAAGCAUGAGACAGAAUGCUGCUGAUGCGGACUUGGGCAAAUGGGAAUGGACAGUUGGAAAACUGCAACAUCCAAAACAAACAGAUAGCCACAGUUGUGGAGUUAUAGUUUUAAAGAUUGCAGAAUGUCUCAUUGAGACUUUUAAAGACCAAGUUUUGUUUGGAGUUUCCAAAACGGAUGUUAAAAUGAUGAGGUACUAUUUUGCGAGGAAAAUUCUGUCGACUUCAGGUACUACUGUUUGCUACUAUGGAACUGCUAAAGUUUUUAAUCUUUGUAAAUUGCAGAGAACAUUGCUGAAAUAUGCAGAGCAUGUGGUGGUGUUGCCAAUUACAAACAAUGGGUUGCUUGUGACAAUUGUGGUAAGUGGUACCACAUUCGAUGUUUGGGAAUACCAAAAAAACGCUUACAAAUGCGUAAAGAGCAAUGGACUUGUGCAUUUUGUUUGUAAAUAGUAUUUAUGUGCAUUUUGUUUUAUUUGUAAAUUGUAAUCAUGUGCAUUUUAUUAGUAAUCAAUUAGUAUUAAGUAGCAUUUUAUAUGAUUCUUUCUUUUAAUAAAAUACAUACAGUCAUUUGUA